AUGGACGUUUCUCAAUAUAAACCUCGGCUGCGUUUACCCCGCAUUGAUGGUGGAACCUUACCCCGUCCAAACGAGGACCUUUUGUCGUUCAUCAAGCGUCGCGACGUUCAAAGGCUCCGAGCCAUUUCUUCUGAGACUGUUGUUGAACGCCAAUCUCGUCUACAGCGUGAAAAAAAUGCAGAGAAGGAUAGAGCACCGGGCAGGAAAGGGGCUCGUGUGUACUACUGGGAUCUGGUCGAAGGAGUGAGGGUAUGGACAGCAGUAGGAAGGAACAAUUAUGAAGACAUCUGGGAGAGAUAUGGUUCGCGCCAGCGACGUUAUGAUUCAGUUGCAGACGAAUGGGAAGUUUGCACGGACUUGGAUCCUGAAGACGGUCCUGACUACAGCCUUUACGAUGAUGACGACGACGACUCGGACUGUUUCAUUUCAGUGCAGACUCACAUGAAUGAGGAAACAAAUCAUAACGUGGGUACUGCUUCCUCGGGUUCCUACCUUGCUCGUCUGUAUCCGAAUAAGCGCACAGAGGCCGACUCAUUGAACUCUGGGUUCCGUGAAGGCAUUGAAGAUGUCGCCUAUUAUAGAUUUGGGUUUCUCAAACAACCUCGACCCGAUAAUCGCGACGUUGUGCUUAAACCACAGGUCUGGAGCAAGGUAUUGGGCCUAAUAGGAUGUGGACGUUCACCACCAUCUCCUGGACCAGAUGAUUAUGUCAAACUGCAAAUGUGUAACUUCGUAACCCAACUGAUGGAUGCAGUCAAUCUACGGACUGCACCCCAAGUGUAUGAUCUGGCUGUUAGGAAUAGUCUCAUGAGGCCUCCGGUUCCGUUUGAAGUUGACGUAUUAUGCUCAUUCGAUGGUCAUUAUUUUUUGAUACAAGCUCAAGGUGCCACAGAUCAUGAGCCAUACUUGAUUGCUUUACGCAGUGCUGCCACCGUUAUGGAGAUAGCACGACGGGAGUGGGGUCCCAAGACCGAAAAUAUUCUCACACGCCUGAUUGAACAUGGGAUGCCCUUCAACACACUUUUGGCUAGCUACCCUCCUCGCAAAACCCGGGCCAUUCCCUGUCGUCGACCUGCCAUGUUGGGCCUGCGUCCUGCCUCCUUCAAACCAACAUUACAAGACUACUGUGCUUAUGAGAUUCUUCGUGAUAAUUUCCUGCGCUCAGCUAGAGGUCGUGCGGCACUCCUUGCUGGGGGUAUUAUCUCCCGAUUAGCUCGAGAAGUGGUUGAUGUGAAUGAUGUUUGCGAUGGGCCUACUGGACAUGCUCUGCAAGAAGGAGAGUAUUCACUCUGUGUUUGGGAGGCGGGUCAAAAUCGAGCAUUUUGGGAUGAUCAACUCACUAAUGAAGAAAUGGAUCUCAUAUGUGGGGCAUACGAGGUUGUUACAGGUAUGUGUUCACCUUCUCUCAAGGACUUUUUGUAUAAGGUCUCCUCCAGGUGUAAUUUCGAAAGACGGCGUAGAGCAGACCGCAAUCCGAUCAUGGUGGCCCCGUUCGGGUCCCUGGAGAUCAUGUGGUCUUAA